AUGGAGAGCUUCGAUAAUAUCUACCUCGACCUCUCCAAGCAGCCCGGAAAGUGCAAGCUUGCGGAAAGUGGCCUGGGAUGGAAACCUUCUGGUGAAGGCGAGACUUUCACCCUCGAUAGCAGCAAUGUCGGCGCAGCCCAAUGGAGUCGAGCGGCAAAGGGAUUCGAACUGAAAAUCUUGUCGCGCUCGUCGGGUGUUAUCCAACUGGAUGGCUUCGAUCAAGAGGAUUUCGAGCGAUUAAGCAAGGCCUUCAAGAUAUGGUAUGGAAUAAACGUGGAAAGUAGGGAGCACGCUCUCCGAGGUUGGAACUGGGGCAAGGCAGAAUUCACCAAGGCUGAGCUAUCUUUCAACGUCCAAAACCGACCUGCGUUCGAAGUCCCUUAUUCCGAAAUCUCGAACACGAACCUUGCGGGAAAGAAUGAAGUCGCUGUCGAACUCGCUCUUAACACCGAUGGCGCCGAUGCCAAUGCCCAGCCAGCCGGUAGCACCAAGAACCGUGGCCGGAAGGCCGCUUCGGGCCCUGAUGAAUUGGUCGAGAUGCGCUUUUAUAUCCCUGGAACAGUAAUGAAGACAGAGAAGGGCAUCAAGGAAGAGAAUGGCAAAGAAGAAAACGGCGAGGAAGAGGAGGAAGGCGAAGAACAGAAUGCGGCCAACCUUUUCUACGAGAUGCUCAUGGAAAAAGCAGAGAUUGGAGAUGUGGCUGGCGAUACGUUUGCUACCUUCCUCGAUGUUCUUCAUCUUACGCCCAGAGGUCGUUUCGAUAUCGACAUGUACGAGUCUUCCUUCCGACUACGUGGCAAAACCUACGAUUACAAGAUUCAGUACUCUUCUAUCAAGAAAUUCUUCUUGCUUCCCAAGAAUGACGAUACACAUACGCUCAUUGUUCUUGGACUCGACCCCCCUCUGCGACAGGGCCAAACUCGGUACCCAUUCCUGGUUAUGCAACUGAAGCUGGACGAAGAAAUUAGCCUUGAGCUUAACAUGACAGAUGAAUUGAUGGAGACUCGCUACAAGGACAAGUUGGAGCCUCGUUAUGAGGAACCGAUUCAUCAGGUCGUAACCAAGAUCUUCCGCGGUCUUUCGGGCAAGAAGGUCAUUAUGCCAUCGAAGGACUUUGUCAGCCAUCAUGGUCACAGUGGGGUUAAAUGCUCUAUUAAGGCCAACGAAGGUCUUUUGUACUUCUUGGACAAGAGCCUAAUCUUCGUCCCGAAGCCUGCUACGUACAUUCAGGUCGAGAACAUUGCCAUUAUCACGAUGUCCCGUGUCGGUGGUGCUGUGUCGGCCAGCAGAACCUUCGAUAUCACAGUCAGUCUGAAGGCUGGCAUGGGAGAGCAUCAAUUUAGUAACAUUAACCGUGAGGAACAACAACCUCUCGAGGAAUUCUUCAAAGCGAAGAACAUCCGAUUCAAGAACGAAAUGUCUGACGACGCUGGGGCUCUACUUGCUGCCGCCCUUGACAACGACGUUAUGGGUUCCAGCGAUGACGAGGGCGUACGUGCCGAUCGUGGAUCGGCUGACGAGGAUGAGGAAUCUAUCGACGAGGACUUCCAGGCCGAGUCCGAGUCUGACGUUGCAGAAGAGUACGACUCGGCCCAUGAAAGCAGUGGCAGCGGGAGCGACGCCGAAAUGAACGACGCUUCCGAUGGCGGCGGCGACGACGACGACGAUGAUGAAGACGUAGAUAUGUCGGAAGAGGAACGGCCCAAGAAGAAAUCUAAGGUUGGGAAAUAA